AUGGACAGUCUCAGGAAGUGCACCGACAUCGCUUACGAUCACCCUGAGCUGGCACGAAAUAUCGAGUCAGUGUGCUUCCAGGCUGAUCGUCUUGAUCCAUUUGUCGAUACCAGCUUCGAGGCAUGGAACAAGGAGCGGCAAGAAGAGUUUUGGAACGUAUGGGAAGAGUACGUCAACGACACAUUGCAUGCCCAAGAGGGCAAGACUUUCUGCGAUACCUACUGCAUCGAGUGCUACCGCCAUCAAUAUGACCCCGAUGUCGUUAUCGCCGCUCAGAUUGCUUCAUCUGCCUCUCCAUCUGUCGAUUUUGUCGUGCGAUGCCUCGCGACUGCCUCUGCCAGGGCUCCGGGCGGUUGA